AUGGCCUUCAACAACUCUCAACUCCGCCCUGCUGUAGUAUUCAAAAAUCAAGGAUUUCGCAGUACCAUUGUUCACAAUAGGUACUUGCGUUGUUUUCGAGAUCGGUCCAUCUAUCCAUCAUUCACUAUUCAUCCCUCUGCCUUCACCAAGUAUGGGAUGGAUAUUCCAUCCCUCCUUUCAGGGAUUUGCUGGUCCUCUCUAAGUGAAGAACAAUGCUUCCUUCAUUGUCCUGAAUCUGUCAGACAGUUUUAUGUCAAUCUUCGGCGUGGAAGGGGAGCUGGUUCCAACUUCUUCACCACUCUCGUGCAUGAUCAUGAAGUCACUGUCAGCCCUGAUCUUCUCGCCUCUGUCCUUGCUCUGCCUCACUCUGGCCUUCAGGAUGGGCGCCUUCCUGAUGAUCUAAAGGCCCUCCAUUUCUUUAUCACCAGAUGCUUUCUUCCUCGUGAUAUAUCCAGUACCAUAAUUCUCCACACCCCUGAUCUCUGGAUCUUGUCCAACGCUCGUGCCCGACAGCCUAUAAGUUAUGCCUCUCUUAUGUUUGCACACAUGAUCAGCUUUGGAAACGGUAGCUUUAGUGGUCCUCUUCCUUUUGGUCCACUAAUCACUCGCUAUCUCCAUCGUCUUGGAAUAGAUCUUCGCGACAAGAUUUCUCUCUGCAAUAUCCAUGAUGAUCUACAUCCCAAUCAUGUGUUAAAUCGACUAGAUGCUGAUGUUGGUAGUCGAAAGCUUGUCUCUGCCUCAGGGGGAGUAGCUGCUUCUAUGUUCUCUGCAAAUGAUGACACCAGAGGAUUAGUUGCAGGACUGACUCACGCUGCUGUUACAACAGUGGAGAAUGAGAUCAAACGUGGGAAAGAGGUUGGAAAUGCCUCAACCACCAAACUUCAAGUGUGCAAAGAACGCCUAGAACUCUUGGAAGCUGAUGAACCUAUGCCUGCUCCAGAUAACUUUGAUCCUAUAUCUUCUGACUUGGAUUCUGGGGAUGAUAUCUCAGAGUACGAGUCACCUCCCAACUAUCCUUUCUAG